CACGUGGUGGACUCCGUGCUUGAGGCUAGUGACAGCUGGAAGUUCCCCAGCCCCGCCUCCGGACGCUGCCGCUGUCCUUGGAGUCAGGCCUGCCUCGCAUCUUAGGUCAGGUCUGGAAGGGAGUCGGCGGGCACGUUUGUGAGCUCACACCUCCCCCAUCUACCGGCCUUUCGUCUGCUCACACACUCAGACCGCCUCACACACAGGGAGGGAGAGAGGGAAGACAGGUGGGGGCUGCCCUCCAGCCCCGCUUCCCUCUCCUGAGAUGGAGAAAUGGGUCCUCAAAAAAAUAAAGUACUUGCAGUCCGGGGGCCUCUCCGCUUCUCACUACCAUUACAAGGUUGAUUCUUUCAGGGAGCGGAUCACAAGUGAGGCAGAAGACUUGGUGGCAAAUUUUUUCCCAAAGAAGCUGUUAGAACUUGAUAGUUUUUUGAAGGAACCAAUUCUAAACAUUCAUGACCUAACUCAGAUCCACUCAGACAUGAAUCUCCCUGUCCCUGACCCCAUUCUUCUCACCAAUAGCCACGAUGGACUGGAUGGUCACCUAGCAUUGUUUCUGCCCACUUACAAAAAGCGAAGGUUGGAUGAGUGUGAAGAGGCCUUUCAAGGAACCAAGGUGUUUGUGAUGCCCAAUGGGAUGCUAAAAAGCAACCAGCAACUGGUGGACAUUAUUGAGAAAGUGAAACCUGAGAUCCGGCUGCUGAUUGAGAAAUGCAACACGGUCAAAAUGUGGGUACAGCUCCUGAUCCCUAGGAUAGAAGAUGGGAACAACUUUGGGGUGUCCAUUCAGGAGGAGACAGUUGCAGAACUAAGGACUGUUGAGAGUGAAGCUGCGUCUUAUCUGGACCAGAUUUCUAGAUAUUAUAUUACGAGAGCCAAAUUGGUUUCUAAAAUAGCUAAAUAUCCCCAUGUGGAGGACUAUCGCCGAACCGUGACAGAGAUUGAUGAGAAAGAAUAUAUCAGCCUCCGUCUCAUCAUAUCAGAACUAAGGAAUCAAUAUGUCACCCUACAUGACAUGAUCCUGAAAAAUAUUGAGAAGAUCAAACGGCCCCGGAGCAGCAAUGCAGAGACACUGUACUGAGGCCAGGGCCAGGGCCAGGGGACUCUGUGAGUCUGGCUCAAGACCGACAUUGCCUUGGUUUGUUACAUGACUAUCGUGAUGGGGAAGCUGGCUGGAAAUAGUAAUCACACCUCUCUCUGUUUUUAGUUAGUCUAAUGAAACUCUCAUGUAGUUCUGUGA